GCACGAAGCAACAGUACACAAACACAUACAUAUAUAUAGCUUCUCGCUUCGUUGAUCUGUUUACGUUUCUCAAGGUCGUAGAAGCAAAAGCUUAGCACGCUUGUCACUUUUCCAUUGGUUUAGGACUUUAUUUUCCGUUUGGAAUCGGUCCGUUUCAUUUGGGCGCUGUAAUCUUACCAGCCCCAGAAUCUCUAAGCACAGUUCCAGAGGAAAGUAAGAAUAAGAAGAAGAGGAAUCUUGAAUCUUUGACACGCUUCACCUAGUACUUGGUCUCCUACACCGCUACACGUGGUAACUCCCUAUUGGCUUUGUUCAAAGGUUUCAACUAUGAUGCGUGGUGGUUUAACCUUAAUCCACUUGAGAUAUUAUAUUGCCAUCUCUUUCUUUUGCAGAGAAAGGAAACAAAAGCACGUUCUUGGUCAUAUGCUGAUUACAUACAAAUAAUAUCAUAGAUUGUUGAAGACUUUCAGCGUCUCUUCCUUCUUCAUUGGCAUUGAAAACUAGCCAAAAUUAAUCCAUCUCAAAUCGAUAUGCACACCUAGUGGCGCAAGCAACCCAACCUUGUUUUUGGUUGUAUAACCACAGAUCUUUUAUCUAGAUGCAUUUUGUUUCUUGACCGUGGAAAGGAAGGACCCACCCUAAUAUUUGUAUCAUUUUAUCUAUAAUAAUAUGCGUGCCUGAUUAGAAAAAAAAAAAAAAAAAAAAAUUCAUAGAUUGCAUCUGAUUCUUGGUCUUGUUUACUGUUUAAAGAGCAUAACUUUCAAACGCGGUUGAAUUCGCUUUCUGAGUUUAAAUAAAAGCUCACAACAAGUCUAGCAUCACCCUUGAAACUCUCUGCUCUUUCAAAGGACAGUUUUUUUUGGGUGAGAAAAGGUUAUACUUGGUAGGAAUUAGCUAGCUCACGGUGUUGAAGCGAUAUGGCCAUAAAGGAAAAAGGGUUUGUCAAAGGUUGUCUCCCUGAGGAACUAAAGAAAGUGCUUCGAUCGGUGGCUGCAAACUGGGGGGACGUGAUGGAUGAUAUGCAGGCGUUGCAGGUGAUCCAAUUGAGCGGUGCAAUGACCAAUGAGGUUUACCAGAUAAACUGGCCUACAAAGAAUGGUGAGGUUGUUAGAAAGGUCUUAGUUAGGAUUUAUGGUGAAGGAGUGGAGGUUUUCUUUAACAGGGACGAUGAGAUUAGGACGUUUGAGUGUAUUUCAAAGCACGGCCAGGGGCCUCGCCUUCUCGGUCGCUUCCCGGAUGGGCGGGUUGAGGAGUUCAUUCAUGCUAGGACAUUAUCCGCGGCUGACCUCCGAGAUCCUGAAAUUUCUGCUCUCAUAGCAGCUAAGAUGAGAGAGUUCCACAAUCUUGAUAUGCCUGGUCCAAAGAAUGGACUUGUCUGGGACAGAAUGAGAAACUGGCUCUGUGAGGCCAAAAGUUUGUGCUCUCCUCAAGACGCCAAGGAAUUUUGCUUGGAUUCUAUAGGGAAGGAAAUUAGUAUGCUAGAGAAAGAGUUGUCACAGGAUCAUAAAGAGGUUGGAUUUUGUCACAAUGACCUGCAAUAUGGUAAUAUAAUGAUGGACGAAGAGACAAGAUCAAUCACUAUAAUCGAUUAUGAGUAUGCAAGUUACAACCCUGUUGCUUAUGACAUAGCAAAUCAUUUCUGUGAAAUGGCAGCAAAUUACCAUUCUGAGACACCUCAUAUUUUAGACUACAGUCAAUAUCCAGAUCUGGAGGAGCGCCAAAGAUUUGUGAGCAUAUAUCUGAGUUCGGCAGGCAACCUACACAGUGACACAGAAGUGGAGCAGCUAGUUCACGAUGUGGAGAAAUACACUCUUGCUAACCAUCUCUUUUGGGGCUUAUGGGGAGUUAUUUCAGAUUAUGUGAACAAGAUUGAUUUCGACUACAUGGAGUAUGCAAGGCAGAGAUUUCAUCAGUACUGGCUGAGGAAACCAGCAUUAUUGGGCUAUUCAUGAAGUGCUUGGCAAACUCGUAUAAAAUUUCAUGAUUUCCUAGAUUUGGAAUUGGUAAGAAUCUAAACAUGUAGUAAUCCGCAUACGGCAGAGAAGCUGUUAUUGGAUCCACUUGUAACAUUAUAAUACUCAUAAUAAUAAUAAUAAAGUGUGUUUCCACUGCUCCA